UCGGCCGGCGCCGGCACAGCCCGGUGAUUGGCUGAUCGGUCGGUGACGUCAGCACGGUGGUGCGGUGACGCCGUCGGCGGUUCCCGGGCACAAUAGUCGGAAGAGGCGGCUGUCGCGCGGCCGCUGUGACUGAGACCAGUGCUGUGUCGCCCCGUGCCGCGUCAGGUGUCGGAGUGAGCUGGACUGUCGCACCCGAUAGACUACCGUGACGUCAUCACAGAGCCGUCUAGAGGUUGAGUUCCUGCUUCCGACAAAAGCUCGCAAUGUCUGCCAAGCGGAAAUCUCCUCCCUCGAAGCUGUACGAUCUUUCCGUGUUCUCCGGUCCGGAUGGCGGAGGGGGUCGGGAAUCGCCUGAGGGCACAGCGGUCAGUCCCGCUCUGACCCAGUCCACCGGGACGGCGACCCCUGGCCGCACCAUGGAGGAUGUGCUGAAGAGGCUGUCGGCCAAAGUGCUGGACGACUCGCCGGCUCCGCUGGAGGGUAGCGUUCCUGAGGUCAGCAGCGGUGCCUCGCCGGACCUGCUUCCCCUGCUGCUGGAGAGGCACAUGGAGCCUCAGAGAAUACAGCAGAUGAUCGAGCAGCUUCGUCUGGUGCAGCAAAGCAUUCAGCUGAGCCAGCAGCAGCAGCAGCGAGAGCAGCAGCAGCAACAACAGCAUCAGCAGCGAGAGCAUCAGCAGCGAGAGAGGCAACAGCAGCAUAAUCAACAACAGCAGCAGCGGCAGCAUGACCAUCAGCAACAGCAGCAGCAGGAGCAGGCUAAGGCUCUACACCGCCAGCAGCCGGAGCCUGAGUCUCGGGGUGCACUGCCUCCUGGGCCGCCGGCACCACACCCGCUGCUUCUGUACCCGCUGCUCAGUCGCUCGUUCGCCGGCCUGGUACCGCCGGCAGCCGGUCCCCCGCCCGAUCUGGUACCGGCUGGACCUGCCGCCGGACCUGCGGGAGCCGCUCGACCGGUGCCCUCCUGGCCGACGUCUCCACCGGCCGCGCCUCCCACGACCUCCUCUGAUGACGCGCCGCUGAACCUCUCCAAGCCCAGGUCGUCAUCGUCGCCGCCAUCGCCGCCAUCCGCCGCGCGCCGUCCGUCCGUGGGUGACGGGUUCCCGCAGGGUCUGUCUCGACCCUCCCCCGUCGAAGGGUUCCCUCCGGCGGCAGUGGGUCGGCCGCUGCUGACGCCGCCCUUCCUGCCGUACGGCCUGACGCCGCUGCCGACAUCGCAUGGAGAAUACGGUCUGAGCCCGGCGGCAGCGGCGGCCGCCUCGGAUGCCGCUCUCCUGGGAUACCCCUGCAGGGACGGGGUCCCGCUGCACCUUCUCUAUCCGCCAGUCAGCUUCGCUGGCGGCCUGGCUGGCCUGGCGCUGACCUCACACGGAGUGACGUCACCUGUGAUGACGUCACCGGUCAGCCGGGGCGCUGACAAUAACCUGGAGACAACCUGCACCUCGAAAUUGUUCGGUGCGAAGAUAAUUCGCCAGCAGCGGCGGGACAAUGGAGGCAAGCCUCAUGUGAAGAGACCCAUGAACGCCUUCAUGGUCUGGGCCAAGGACGAGAGGCGGAAGAUCCUCAAAACCUGCCCUGAUAUGCACAACUCAAACAUCAGCAAAAUCUUAGGAGCUCGGUGGAAGGAGAUGACCAACGAACAGAAGCAGCCCUACUACGAGGAGCAGUCCCGUCUGAGCAAACAGCACAUGGAGGAGCACCCCGAGUACCGGUACCGGCCGCGGCCCAAACGCACCUGCAUCGUCGACGGCAAGAAGUUACGGAUCUCCGAGUACAAGGCCCUGAUGCGGCGGCGACGACAGGAGAUGAGCGGUCUCUGGUGUCGGGAUGGCUCAGUUCCUGAGGUCCCAGGCCUACUCAGUCCCGGAGAGGUGGCCAGCGCGGCUCACGGGCGCUCGCCGCUGCCCAGUCCUGCGACCUCGAGGGACUCGGUAUCACCCUACUCGCCUGGAGCGGCAGCGGAGACGGCCGAGGCGCCCCCACCGCGACCACAGCCGCAGACCGCGGUAUAGUGAAGGAAAGACGGAUCCUAGGCUGGGAGAACCAUGGUGUGCGGCCUGCUUGGGGAAGGGCCGGCACAGGUGGGGAGAAAACCGUCAUCGAGUGGCGGAGGCAGCAGCUCCAUCAGCUCGGCCAGAGUUUGUUCCAUGUUUUCUAUACGUAGGGCCGAUGUGAACUGUUGCUAAUUUGUACGGUGCGUGACCGAUGAUGCUUUACUCAACUUUGGGUCCCUGUGUACAUUUGAACCCGAUGAAUAUUGCUUAGAGGUCAGGGAGUGCACGUGACUGAUUGCACGUGACCAGGGCAAAUGGAGACGUAUGUUCGACGUUUUCACCUAGGAAUGUCCAGCACGUUACCGACAAAUAACGCGAUAUUUUUCAGCUGCGGGGACGAUGUGUUUUUUUUUUCUUAGGGACAAACGAAAUGAACUGCAUCUGUACCACACUUAUCAAUUGCAGUAGCUAUUCAAUCUUUUGAAUAUUAAUUCUCGAAGUACUUUCAUAACUGAUUAAAACCAUGAUGCCUGGUGGGACCAAUGAGCUAGCAAGAAACCAGUAAACCAAUCUUAAUCGGCAAGAUAAAAUUAAUGUACCGAAAACUAGCGGUAUAAUUCACCUUCAAUUUACACCGUUUUGCUAUUGAUAUUAAUCUAUGAAAUAUGGUUCCCGACAAGCUGCUCAGUCUCGCGUAGUUUGAUAAGGCAACGUUUCCGGUGUGUGAUUCCAUUGUUUUGCCACCCUUUAUCAUCAGCUAAUGCUUGUUGACGCUAUAAUGUACAUGGUUGUUUGCUGUUGUAUUAUAUGUAGACACAAACAAAGCUUGUGUAUUCGGCAUGUCAGGGAGACGAACAUAGUCUUCACAAAUGCCCCUUUCUUUGGUGGUUUUGUGUGUUGUUCAGAAUGAUGUUUUCUCGUCACAGAGCGUGCUUUGCUAUAUGUACGAGAUGCCCCUGAUGCUCGUAUCAAAAUACAGAAGUAUGGACGCAUGGCAUCAACCGCUAUCACUCUUUUUUCGCAAAGAAGACUUCAGUCCGGCUGUCGCUAUUCCUCGGAAAUCCUGCACUUUUUCCGCAUAGUCAUUUUUUGACGGCUCUAUCGGUGUUGCGAUGUACCGUUUCCUGCUGAGAAUGUGCCAAUUUACCUGCGACUGAAAGGCACGCACUGCGACUGCUGUAUUUUUACUGCAAACGCUGAACGAUCGUCCCACCGCCGCCGCUGCUGCCGAUCCGUUAUUUGUUGUCCCGGUGGGGGCCGGUCUGCAGGGCGCGAUAUUAGCUCGGGUGGUGAGAUGUUGCACCACGCCGGCCAGGUGUUGGCUAUCAGUGACCGCGCGGCUCGGCCGGCCGCAGUAUCGCCUGAGGCGCUGACGGCAGCGCCGGCCCUACACCGAUUUGUCAGAUCGGGCGGCGGCGGCCGGCCGGCCGGCGCGCGCGCGCGUUGAUUCAUUGCGUUCCAGGCUUUCUGUUUGGGUUGGCUCCGAUUCUGUUCCGGUGAGGUCUGCACGCUCACAGCUGUCGAUCGGGAGGAUGUUCGCCCGCGCGCUGUUGCUUGUAAACCUAGGUUCUUUUGUUCCCGUGUGCAGUCGUAAACCUGUGCGCAUUGACGCAAUGCUACCGGGGCUGUUUCCGCAGUUAUACAAUCUUCCGCCUCUUGCAGGGGUCUGUCCUGCUACUGUUUCGGAGCUUGUUUGUGAGUUCUGUUGUACAUAUUUCACAUAUGUUUGGUGCGUUUGCUUUCAUAGAUGAUAUUGAUUUGUUCAAUGUCUGACAAGCAUAUCGACUCGUUUGGCGCUCGCGACACUAUACGUGUUGGAUGUCUCGUUGCGUUUCCACUGCCUGAUCACUCCCCUGUACUGCGUAAAAUGUUGAUGUAGAUGGAUGUGGAAAAUAAUAUAUGCGAAAAAAAAUA